CAUUUCAUCCUUGAUGUUGCUUCGUUCACAAAUAACAGAGAAAUAAAGUAUGAUUGCAUGUUCGACCGUUUAAACGAAAACCAGUUUUUUUUGCAUCAUACCAUGUUUGCAUACAAAAAUGACCGUGUAAAGACCGCUAUAGGUUUAUACAAUGUUCAAAACAAACACAAUUGCGUCGUUUGAACUUUCGUCUUGGUAAUUAAACUAUUAAAUAUUUGCUUUGCUAAUUACGAUAUAAAUAUUAGCCCACUACUAAGUUAUUUGCAUGUGAUAUGUAUACUUGUUUACAUGUCUUGAUAUUAAUAUAUGAACAAAUACUUUAAAGAAAUAGUUUUUAUAUACUUAAGAAUUACAUAUUUAAGUAUAUUCUUCAGCACAUACAUUUUUUGUAUGCAAGGGUUCUUUUAAAUUCGUUUCUUCGUAAAUGCAUAACUGUCAUUUGAAUUCACCACAAAUAAUUUUAAAAAAUCACUUAUCUGUCAGAAUUUUUUUACUGUUUGGCAUACAGUCAAAGUAGAGAUUCGAUAAAAUUCAAUUACUUUAUUCGUAAGUAAUUUUUGUACAAUAUGCUUUUUAGAUGUGUAUGUCUCCUAUACUUUUCAAUUAGUUCUGCCAGAGUGUAGUAAACUCUGGCCCACGAAAUAAACAGAAAGUCAACUUAUUUUCUUUAUAUAGCGGCAUCUCUUUUCUGCUUGUAUUAAACUUGCAAAUUUCCAUCGACGAGUAGAAAAUUUUAUUGAACAUUCGAUUGUGUUAGUGGCGAAAAGUGGUCUUCGGGUUUUCUUCCGUCAUAUAUUCAGAAAAAAUCGACUUAUUUAAAAUAAUAAUAUUUUGACUAAAAAAGUAUUAUAUUUUUAUCAUGAAUGAAGAAUACGACGCAAUUGUGCUAGGUACCGGUUUAAAGGAGUGCAUUCUAAGUGGAAUGCUCUCUGUUUCGGGCAAGAAAGUUUUGCAUAUCGACCGAAAUAAGUAUUAUGGCGGCGAGUCUGCCUCAAUUACACCAUUGGAGGAACUAUUCCAACGUUUUAACUUUGAAGCUCCUGGUGAAAAAUAUGGGCGAGGUCGUGAUUGGAAUGUUGAUCUCAUACCAAAGUUCCUUAUGGCUAAUGGUCAGCUUGUAAAAUUACUAAUCCAUACGGGCGUGACCCGCUAUCUUGAGUUCAAAUCCAUUGAAGGAAGCUAUGUAUACAAGGGAGGAAAAAUUGCCAAAGUCCCAGUUGACCAGAAAGAAGCUUUAGCUUCUGAUUUAAUGGGAAUGUUUGAAAAACGUCGUUUCCGUAAUUUCUUAGUUUACGUACAGGAUUUUAAAGAAGAUGAUCCAAAAACCUGGAAAGACUUCGACCCAUCUAAGUCAAACAUGCAGGCACUCUACGACAAGUUUGGCUUGGAUAAGAAUACACAAGAUUUCACUGGUCACGCGCUAGCUCUUUUCCGUGAUGACGAGUAUUUGAAUGAGCCAGCAGCGAAUACAAUUCGUCGUAUAAAGCUUUAUUCAGACUCCUUGGCUCGGUAUGGAAAAUCGCCGUAUUUGUAUCCCAUGUAUGGACUUGGUGAAUUGCCACAAGGGUUUGCACGUUUAUCUGCCAUUUAUGGUGGAACUUAUAUGUUAGAUAAACCAAUUGAUGAAAUUGUCCUGGGCGAAGGAGGUAAAGUGGUGGGUGUGCGCUCGGGAGAUGAAGUCGCGAAAUGCAAGCAAGUCUAUUGUGACCCCAGCUAUGUGCCUGAUAGGGUACGCAAGAAGGGCAAAGUAAUUCGUUGCAUUUGCAUUUUGGAUCACCCAGUUGCGAACACCAAGGACGCACUAUCUACUCAGAUAAUCAUUCCACAAAAGCAAGUUGGACGUAAAUCGGACAUAUAUGUAUCUUUGGUUAGCUAUACUCAUCAGGUAGCUGCUAAAGGCUGGUUUGUUGGUAUGGUAUCGACUACUGUAGAAUCUGACCAACCAGAGAAUGAAAUUAAGCCAGGACUUGAUUUGCUGGAACCCAUUGCACAAAAGUUUAUUACGAUCUCUGAUUAUUUGGAGCCAAUUGAUAAUGGCAUUGAUUCGCAGAUAUUUAUUUCGGAAUCUUAUGACGCUACUACGCACUUCGAGACUACUUGUUUGGAUGUAUUGGAUAUAUUUAAAAGAGGUACUGGUGAAGACUUUGAUUUUUCGAAAAUUAAACACGAACUUGGUGAUGAGGAUCAGUAAACGUGUUUAGAUUAUAUAAUUACUAAAAAGAGAGAUUCCGUUGUGCACGGUGAUGUAUUCAAAGUAAUGAUAUGAUGUCCUAUGUAAGGAGAAGAUGAAUCAAAAAUGCGCAUAAUAUACAAUAUAAUCACACUACUAUAUUACAAAUGCUUAGUCAGUCAAUCAAACUGUUACAGCGAAAUAUUGAUAAAAUAGUGAAAGAAUAUGAAAGCUUGACACUUACAAAGCGCGUACAUAUGUAUUAAAUACCAUCUUUGCUAAAUCGUUGUGAAACAAAAAGAAGCAAAUAAUUGUGCAUACCAACAUUUUAUGUAGUGAUUACAUGUAAUAUUAACACAUAACUUUCUAUUGAUUAAAAUGUUUUUUAAAUUUAUUUUAAAUUAUAUUCAUUCCAUUGCAUAUCUAAAAGUAAAAUUUUUUCGUCGUCGAUUUUUACUUUUGUACAACUUUAACUUCGUUUAUCAAUAUUUAUCCAUAACUUUUUGCACAGAAAUAAAUACAUUUUGCCCAACAACAAAAUAUAAAAACAAGCAAAGAAUUUUGAAUUAAUUCGUUGGAGUCUCAAGAUUUAUUUAAUAAGAAUAUAUGGACAGCGCAUAAGUAACUGCCGUUCGAAAAGAAUGCAUUUUCAUAAAUUGCCGGUGGGCUCAAAAUAACAAAGGUAAAAACUGUAAACUUUUAAACUUAAAUUUUGAAGUAUGGAUUAGGAAUAAAUCUUUGUAAAACCACAAUUUUGCUUAAAGUGUUACAGAAAUUUCCAAAAACAAAAGAAAUAAAAAUAUAUGAUUAUGGUGGUUUGCUGCAACAUUAUUAAACUUUGUUCUACUUAUGCACAUUCGUGACGUCAGAUUGAACAUACAUAUAUGUACAUAUAUCUACAUACAUAUGUAUCUAUAUUCUAACGCUGUAUUUGAAAUGUGUUAAUAAAGGUUGGCAUUUUAAGAAUAAAAUAAUUUAUUAUAAAAUA